CAGUCAGAUAGAAGAGGAGCAGCUAGAUCAUUACUUAAUCAGUAGAGAGGAGUGCAUGAACCUUACGGUGCAAUCGACGCUGCCCGAUGAUGGAAGUCCAAGAUGCAAUCGAAGUUUUGACAAGAUUCUGUGUUGGUUGGAAGCUCCAGUCAACACUACUGUCAGGCAGCCAUGCCCGUCCAUAGGCCUAACCGCUCCCCCGCCAGAACCAGUGUUUGCUUACAAGUUCUGCUUUGAGAACGGCGUGUACGAUGAGUGGACCAACUACUCCAUGUGCCACUUUAGUCUGCCACCCCCGGGACACAAGGAUCUGCGGGUUCUCCAGAUUGUCUACAGCAUUGGAUACUCGCUGUCCUUGGUCGCACUGGCCGUUGCUAUGGGGAUAUUCCUUUAUUUCAAAAAACUACGGUGUCCUCGAAAUACCAUCCACAUGCAUCUGUUCAUGUCGUUCAUCGUGAGGGCGGUAUUCGUCUUCGUGCGUGACAUCAUUCAGACCGUCAGCCUAAACAUUGAUGAGGAGACUUUCAGUAAAACCAGCACAUUACAUGGCAUAUCCUGCCAUCAAGCAUUGACGAUAGCCGUCAGCAUCUGCCAGUACGCCCUGGUGUCCAACUAUUACUGGCUGCUCGUUGAGGGCGUCUAUCUCCACGCUCUGAUCACACUGGCUGUAUUCUCAGAAUCGUCGUCACUCAAGCUGUACAUUGCUCUGGGAUGGGGAGUUCCCAUUUUAUUCGUUCUUCCGUGGGUCAUAGUACAAGAAUAUACCAAUCCUGGCGGGUGUUGGCUGGCGUCCAUGACACAGAAGGACAUCUACUGGAUCAUCAAAGCUCCCGUGAUGUGCUCCGUAGUGCUCAACUUCAUCCUUUUCCUAAACAUCUUGCGCGUGUUGGCGACCAAGCUGAGCGCCACCAACGCCGCUGAAGCCAGAAGGUAUAGCUUCAGCGUGCAUAUCCCUGUAUCAGGGAGGAGCGAUCGACACUGGUGCUGCAAGCUUGCCAAGUCGACGCUGGUCUUGAUCCCACUGUUUGGUGUGUAUUACAUCGUCACCAUUGGCAUGUACGCCACCGACGAUCCCAUAGUAGUCAAGAUGCGCAUGUACAUAGAGCUGGGCAUGUCUUGUCAGGGAUUCUUGGUGGCAGUGUUGUACUGCUUCAUGAACGGUGAGGUCAGAGCGGAGAUCAGACGCAAGUGGCGGGUCCGUCAGCUCAAUCGGACACUGAGCACUCACCGGUCGUUACGUAACGGUCAAUCCAGGUCAUCCUUCUCCACUCCAUCUCGCCAGGACUCGCUCAAGGAGCCCCUGAAAGACGCCACCGCGGCCGACAAGAACUCAAUCAAGGCCAAGUUGAGAGCGCUGAAGCGCCACGCCUUCGGGCCCUACCACAACCUGAACGGGCACCUGGGGAACGGGAACAUGGCACGGCCCAGCCAGACGGCGGUGAGUGAGAUCGACAACGACAGUGACUCAGCAGAGCGGGCCAGGGCGUCGUCGGAGAUCCGCCCAGUCAGGCACGCUGUGGACAUCGACCAAGCCGAGCCCAACGAGAAGACGUCAAUGAGCGCCAAACCGCCUUACUACAACCUCCCCGAGAACACGCCCACCGUCAUCAUCGAUGAGGCCAGGGAUUCCGAUGAUGAUGACGAUUGUGGUGGGUACGAGGUAGAUAUGUACGACCCGCACGAUGUCGGCAGUCACGAGGUCGAGGUUGAGAUCGAUCACGAGGCCAUCGGAAGCUGCUCAGCAGGGACGUGUAUGGACGGAGGCUGUGAACGAGGACGCGCUUAUCCAAACAUUGAAACGGAAGUGUGAUUUCCCAAAUUAUGGUACGGUACCUUGACUUCUCGUAACUUCUCAAAUCUUGGCCUCGUCUCCGGCUAUUUGAGGCCCCGACGUAAAGUCACCUGGGUUCAAGAUAGGUCCAAGACCUGGAAGGAUCCCUUCGUAAUGACACCCGCUUUCAAUUUGUCAGCUAUUGGAAGCUUCUGGGUAUGGAGUACCGAAGUGUGACGUCAUUUAGAACCAGAAAAUGUAGUGCAAACGAAUGGAAUACGAGCGCGUUUUGGUUCACAGGCUGAAUCACGCGCUUAAUGUCUUUUACACACAUUUUGUGCGCGUGACGUAUUCACUUCGGUACUCCAUUGCUGUAACGAACCAUGGUCUAUCAAAGAGCUUUUCUGCUCAAAACAGUAGUAGGAGCGAUUCCUUAGAGUUAUAUUAAUUUCAUAAAAUAGGGCAAGUUCGAGCAAGGCCAGUGGUAAACUAGUGGUUGGUUCGUGACGUACCGAUGGCGCAUGCGCACUGAAGUUGAAGUGCGAACGACUCUAGUCGAAAUUUUGUCACGUCAACGACCGUCAAAAAAUGGUAGUCGCACAAUUAUUCAACACUUGUUGUUUCUCUUUAUUUACACAAAUAAUAGCGAUUGUGGAUAGUUUAGGACAUCUUUCAUAAUCGCCAAUAUUAGUAUACAAUGGUGACAAAAGUGACAACUGAGCAAUGAAAAUGAAAUUAAGCGCUUACAGUUUCGUUUUCCGUCACGAAUCAACUACUAGUCGACUAGUGGUCAUUUCCCGAAUUUGCGGCGCAUUAUGUUGUGAAUCACUUCUCUAUAAUUAUACGAGAUAAUUAAUCUAAUCGCCACUAUAGCUACUUUACGGACCACUUGAUGUCGGCUUAUCUACGAAGGCAAAUGAUAGUGUGAUGUAAGAGGUAGGCGGUAAAUUACUUGAUCUUUUGUAUACCUGUUAAACUUUUGUAACAAAAUAUGAGAAACGUGAGGGCGCAAAAAUCGUCUAAAAUUGGGGACUUUUCAGUCUCAGAAUUUUCGAUUCUUGGGGAAAUGAAAUUUUUAAGCAUACCAUUUAAACUCCAUAUCUGUGUUCCCAUAUAUAAACUCCAAACAAAAUAGAUUGUGUAAAAAAAGAGAAGCAUAUUCUUUUAUGUUUUAUAUGUAAGAACAAUGUUAGAGGAAAAUAUUUUAAAACGGGAAAUUCAGACGAGGGGGCGGUAGCCUAUGGAUGCAUCUGCUCAGAAUUGUGCGUUCAAUUCAAACUUGACAAUUUGGUCAACUGUUAUAUAACGUGCGCUAACACCUGUCCAGAAUGUAUAGGCAGAUAUCGCCCGUUGUUGUUUGUGCUGUAUGUGAAAUAUAAAACUGAAGAUUUUCAAUAUGAAUUGAAUUUAUAAAAUUAUUGGUUAGGCCCUAUGUUAACUUUGUGUCAUAGCUUUCGUAUAUUGAAGGUUGGAAAAUUCCUUGUCCUCUUUACAGCAAAAACAUUCUAGUCAGUGGAUCCAGAAUGGGAUUCAUUGAAAGUAUUUUCAUGCGUCUGGUGUCCACAUCGGGUUGUUUUUUGUCCGUUACGAGGUGUACCUAUACAACGGCACUGCUCGGGUCACAGGUGCAGUCACGGAGACGAUGAGUGUGUAUACUAUAAUGAACACUUUACAGGGUCCUCUUGGACACGUUUUUUGUUGUAUAAUUGGUAUUGGAGUGUGUAUAGCCUGUUGAAAACAAACAAGUUACAUUCAUUUCUAGGAAAUUAUUUUGUUAUCAUCUAUGUUUUCUAAUGUUGUUUGGAAGUUUUUUCCCCGACUGAAAUCGUCUGAAGUCGUUAUUGUUUUGAAUACGCCGAUUGGGCGAUUCGCUGUUCAGAAAAUCGCCAAUUAAAUAUAUGUAUUAUGUAUGUAAUGUCAUUUUCCACCAUACCUUAUGCGACGAGAGUAAAGGUUUUGGGUUAAGUUGCAAUACUUUGUUAAUGUCUGUAGACUGUGAAAAUUUAGUUUAAAAUAUUUAUAAACAGUUUUGCCGAGAAUACAUGUGACUUCCUGAAUACACAGUCAACAACUUAAAAAAAAAAACCCAUUUAAACUUAUUUGUUUCUUUAUUUGUUGUACAACUUUUUUUUUCUUUAAUCUUGUGAGGUACAAUUGGUGUUUUUAUAUAGAUUAAUGUAAACAUGUAUAUUCUGUUUGAGCGGCAUACGUCCGAUGCCAAAUAUUGUACAGUAAAGAAUGAAUGGAAAAACUCUAUAUCCGUAUCUUGCCUUUGUAUAAAAUUAUAUGUAGAGAUACUAUAAAAACAUAAUAACCAACACUUGAAAUUGUCCUGUAAUAUAAGUGUUUCUUUGUAAAUAAUUCACUAAAACGGAUGACUUGGACGAUUUUCUGUAAAAAGGGACAAUGCGGGGUUUCUAUUGUAGAAUGUUUAGUAUAUAAUAACAACCUUAACCACCCGAAGCAUGCAUCCCGAAUAUUUCAAACCGCAUGUUAUACAAUUUGAAAAAUGAUUUAUUACACGUUUAAUUGACGAUAACAAAUAAAUGAAGUAAUAUUGGAAUACACAAUUCCGUUGAGAUUG